UUAAAAUUUAGACUCAAAUAAUUAACAAAUCUCUCUCUCUCACUCCCUAGUUUCUCUCUCUAUGGAAGCUGUGAGAAAAAGUCUAAGUAAUAGACCAAUUAGUGGGGAAGAAAUUAGUGAACUAAGAAGAGGGCCAUGGACUAUUGAAGAGGACACGUUGUUGAUUCAUUAUAUUGCUGGUCAUGGAGAAGGGCAGUGGAACAUAUUGGCCAAACAAGCAGCAUAUUAUUUUCCAGGGCUCAAGAGGACAGGAAAAAGUUGUAGAUUGAGAUGGCUCAACUACUUAAAACCCGAUGUUAAGCGCGGGAAUCUAACUCUCCAAGAACAACUCCUCAUCCUCGAACUCCAUUCGAAGUGGGGUAACAGGUGGUCAAAAAUUGCACAGCAAUUACCGGGACGAACAGACAAUGAGAUAAAGAACUUCUGGAGAACGAGGGUUCAAAAACAGGCACGUCAGCUUAAAAUUGAGGCGAACAACAGGAGGUUUUUGGAUGUCAUUCGCCAUCUGAAUGUUCUUGAAGCCAUGGACGACCCAACCUCAAACUCCUUCAAUUUCCCUCCGCCAUCUCUCCACAACACGAGCUUACCGAACUCGUCGGAGACCACCCAUCUUCCGGCCAACCAUGGUGGCGGAGGAGCAGCUUCACCGCCAGGUUCAGUACAAUGGCCUGAAAUAGUCUCAGCAUGGCCACCAAGUCCUUGUGGGGAAUUUGUGGAGAAGAAGCAGGAGCCAUUUUGUGCAUUGGGAGGUUGGGAUGGAGUUGCUGGAUGUAAUGCCCAAACGGUUGCACCUGAUUGGCUGUUGGAAGAUGCCAUGCUUGAAAACUUGUGGAAUAAUUUGGAUCAUAACUUCAUAUAAUAUAAUGUUAAUGUUACGUAUAAAUGGUAACUUGGAGGGAAUUAUAAGUUCUAAAGACUCGAAACAAUAAUGUUUGGAUGGUAAAUUUUUCUAGUUAUCGUGACAACUAUAAGUACUAGAUGAUAGAUGGAACCAAGUUGACCCAACUAUGAAAUACGGAAAUUGAGUUAGUUUAGAUUA